UAACGCAGCCCAGAGCCCGAGCUCACAAGCCAUGCGACAGCCUGCCGUGACUAGGGGACACUUGUCAGCUCCACGAUGAACUUCAGCAGGGUCAAAAGGCGAAACAGCCAGGACAGCUACCUCCAGAACGGUGCCUCCACGGGCAAGGCGCAGCUGUGGCAGAGGCGAUCGUUCAAUAGCUGCAGCGAUGCAAAAUCCAUGGCGAACGCGGCGAUGACCUUCGGGACUCUGCCCAGGUUGCAGACGCAGGUCAAUCGAUCUCGCUCCAACUCCCUGGUAGACUACACCGAUGUCAGGACGACAGUAUCACUGGAAAAGCAAGACAAUGAAACGUUUGGGUUUGAAAUUCAGACCUACGGUCUGCGAGCACAGAACACCACCCUGAUGGAGAUGUACACCUUCAUCUCAUCCGUUCAGCAGGACAGCCCGGCCGAGCGUGCCGGCUUGACAGUAGGUGACAUAAUCGUCACUGUCAACGGCGUCUGCACGGAGGGGUCUGCACACCAGUGCAUUGUGGACCUGAUCCGGGAGUGUACCAACUUUUUAACGAUCGAGACGGUGGGGGGCACGGCUGUGAAGAUGAUCGAGCUGGACCGGAAACUGAGGCAGCUGAAGAAAAGCCUGCGUGAGAAGUGUGUGGAGCUGCGCGCGCUGAUGCUGAGAGAGCGACACCUUACCGGAGGCAAUCUCAACGACUGCCUGUCGCUGGACUCGGCGGGGUCUGUGGCCUCGCCCGGCGGGCGCAGUGGUCUGCGCUUCUCCAGCGAUAGCAGCUGCCGCAGCUACACGAUGGAGGACGGCGAGGACGCCAGUGUGUUCGAGGACCCGAGCCCACGGAGUCCGACGGCGGAUGAUGCCUGCUUCUUUCCCGCCGACUUCCCGCUGCAUCCGCCGCAGACCUCCUUGUGCCGCACGCGCAGCGUCAGCCAGGGCAGUAGCUGUGGCUCGCUCUCUCCCCGGUGGGAUCUGCCAGAAGCUUCCUCGCCAUUCGGGACGGUCCCCCGCAGGCUGAGACAGGGCAGCGUCAGGAAGCGUUUCCUGAAGUUCAUUCCUGGGCUCCACCACUCCCUGGAAGAGGAGUGACCGGGCAGUCGGCCCCAGAGACACGGCAGCAUUACUGGCGCGAUACGAGAUGGGACUCGGUGUCGACCUCCAUGCAAACACGUUUGGAAAGACUUUCUGCCACACUCAAUUUUCACAAAUAAGAAACAUUAUUAAUCAUUUUCGCAUAGAGUCAAGCAGACUUGAGUGUUCGGUAUGAGUUACAGGUGAUGAGAGGUUGAUUCACCCCCCCAAGUAGCAUUAUAAUUCUGCAAAAUAUAUUUUGGUAUUUGUGUGAAUAUAUAUGAGAGCACAGCAGUCGUUCUUGUCUGAAGUUACACAUCUGCGAACUAAUUUUUACCACUACGCCUUACCACUCAUCACUGGGUGGUUUUGGGCUAUUACAAUCAGACAACGCUUUCUAUUUUUAUUUACAUUAGGUAUGCACCCUGGGAUUUGAACCAACAACCUUGUUAACACAAUGCUCUCUUUUUUUGAGCUACAGGAUGUACUUUUUCAGUUUAAGGUUUCGUUUUCAGCAGGUUCAACUUUUAAGAUGGAGGAAAAACUCCAUGUGUUCAUGCAUAGAGAAAAAAUUAAUUGUUCAAACAGAGCAACAAGCAUUAAGCGAUGGACGGAUGGAUUUUUUUAGGCUAACAAAACUGUGAAUCCACCUUCCUGGGAAGCAUAACACCCAGCUCUAUUUAUCCUACAGUAUCAUGUCCUUCACAGAUGGCUUUGGCUGAAGGCAAUGCUUUUCUGAGCUCCUUCACAAUGGUUUCAAAAACACAGAUCCUAAUGGGUUUCUUUUCUGUUGGUUUCUGCCAUCCAUCAAACUCGGUACAUGCAUCUGUUUUCAUAUUUACAGUGAAAAGGAACUGUGACCCACCCUGUAAAUUAGAUGUAUCUUUGUAUUUUCUUAACACUUGCACAGAUCUUCUGUGAGUUUGCAUUGCAGAACUGGAUACUGACUAUUUUAGGCUCCCCUGUCAGAGGCUCCUCUCAGAGUCAGGGGCCCCUGUCAGAGGCUCCUCUCAGAGUUAGGGGCCCCUGUCAGAGGCAAAGUGGCAGCAGACUGUGCUUCAGUGGUCCUGGGGCAGUGGGGUGAGCUGACCUUCGAGGGGAGUACGGCAGCAGUAGGUCUGCUCGUCGUCCCUCAAAAAGCUGCACAGAAGUUGAAAACAGGAUGUGGGUGUCUGAAGGUGUGAAGCGUGCUGGCUGUCUUUCCACCGCAGCUUUCAGCCCCCCCCCGACUGAGAUAUUUACGCACGCCACCCAUCUCGGUCAGCCAGUGUCUGGUUCUGCUGUUUUUUGCAUUUGCAAAACUUUGCGUUCUUAUUUUCAGCACAGGUCCUCAAUGCCAGAAGGGUGCAGCUUGCUUUUUUACAUGAAUAUCAACUGCAUGAAAUUAUUCUCCCAUGUCUGUUAACAGCAAAACUCCAUCAAUGUACAUGUUUAUAUUAAAAGCAUAAAUUUAAAAAAAACUCCUGCUGCUUA